GAAUCUGGAUUACCACUACAACUCGACUGACUGCUUCUUCAGAUACUCAUGCUUCAUCUCUGACCUUGACUUUCUUACACUCUAUGCCCGUAAAGCGUACACGACGGGCCUCAGCUUCACCUUCUGGCCCAACUGCUGGUGAACGUCUGAAGCGGGCCAAGCUUGCAGGUACUGACUUCUCCAGUUGGGGUUGGGUGGGUACAGAAAUCACCGACGCGUCUCAGAUCACCCAAGAAUAUCGACUAGCUACCUGUGGCCUCUCAAAGUAUAGCCCACAUCCAUUAUGUCCAAACAAGUACGCCAAACCCGAAACAAAUACUCUGAAGAAGGAGCAGCUGGCAGCCGGGGAACUUGAGGACGACAUUAUCGUCAUUUCUGAUGAUGAAUGCUCUCCAUGUACUCCUAAAGGAUGCAGAAGUAAUCCUAACUGUUUGAAUUAUCUGGGUCAAGAGAGAUGGGAAGUCGAAGACAAAGCAUUUUCGGCUUUCAUGAGGUUUUCCAAUCUCGGAGACAAUCCUAUUCUUCUCGCACGCGAUCCUGGAACGCCUGUGGGGCUGAAGAAUCUGGGAGCAACCUGCUAUGCGAAUGCUUUUCUACAGGUGUGGUUCCAAGAUACCCCGUUUCGUCGUGGCGUAUAUCAAUGUUUGCCCUCCACUGAUGAGGAAGAGAAAUUUGAGGAGUCGCCCAUUUUUCAACUUCAAGUGACCUUCGCUGCCAUGCAAGAAAGCAUCCAGUCGGCCUUCAAUCCGAUAAGACUAGUAGAAAGUCUGAAAUUGCGAACAACAGAGCAACAGGAUGCACAAGAGUUCUCGAAGCUAUUCAUGGCCCAUCUUGACAGCGAAUUUCAGAAACAAACCUUGCCUGGUCUAAAAUCUUUGUUGGCCGACCAGUUUCAAGGUAAACAAGUGUACGGCACGGAAUGCUCCGUGUGCCAUACACGCUCAGAGCGCGACUCUGAAUUCUUGGAGAUCGAGGUCAACUUACCGAAUAAUUCUAAACUUGAGGAUCGCAUUGCCGCAUUGUUAACGCCUGAAGAACUCUCUGGUGACAACAAGUACCUAUGUUCAGUCUGUGAUGAACUGCGAGACGCAAAGCGAUAUACCGAGUUCAGGCAGCUACCACCUGUCCUACACGUAUCACUACUCCGCUUUGUUUUUGACCUAUCCUCGUUGGAGAGGAAGAAGUCCAAGCACACGAUCACCUUCCCGUUGACGCUCGACAUGGAACAGUUCCUUGGAUCUCAAGACGAUAAGCUCAAACAUAGUCAGAAACGUGCCAACGGGGAGCAUCGUGACAGGAAUGUCUACCACUUGAGGGGUGUCCUACUGCAUAAGGGCCCAAGUGCGUACCACGGGCACUAUGAAGCUCAGGUUUAUGACGUGACGUCGAAGUCUUGGUAUCAGUUCAAUGACGAGACGGUGACAAAGACUCCUUCCCUUGUACCUAAGGCGAACACCACACAAGCUAAUGGAACAAAGGCAAAGAAACCUACUAACGGUGGCCGUCCCAAGAAAAGAGUCUGGAUAGAAGAUAGUGACGUAGAGGUGGUCGAUGGCCCAUCGUCAUCACCUGCAGAAGAAACAAAAGUAUUGACUGAGAGUGGAUCUGUGUCCUCAAAGGACGCGUAUAUGCUAGUCUAUGCAAGAAUGCCGUCAAACGAAGGACCCGAUUCUGCUGCUGAAUCUGACUCAUGUUCGUUGGAUGUUACCCCUCCACCUCGUGCUCUUCAGGUCGUCAAUGCGCUCAACGCUGAGUUUGACAAGGCUUGUGAUGAAUUUGCUGCGAAAGAGAAAGAGGCUCGAGAGAACUUCAACAAAAAGCGCCGUAUGGUCAUGGACAUCUACCGAUCUUGGAGUCUAUCUUCAUACGAUGAAGAUUCUGGCAUAGUUAGCCGCCAAGCACUCGAGUCAUGGCUCAGUCAUAGUAUUUCAAAGCCACUAGAUGUCUCUCGGAAAGCUUCCGAUGACCUUGACGGCACUACUUCCACAAGUGAGGCAUCAACUCCCAAUGGAUGUCCAGCCGUCACCGGGCGAACCUUUUCGUCCGCUGACAUCACAUGUCCGCACGGGCGGCUCGACCCUAAUAACUCAGUCAAGAUGAAACGUGUUCGCCAGAGUACACUUGAUCGCAUUGCGGCCGAGGAUCACGCUCAGUUCGUUCCAUCAUUCAAACCUUCAGAUGUGUGUGAGCAAUGUGUAGAGGCCACAUUCAACGAGCGUUUGUAUCAAAUGCAGCAUCCGAAGGAUGUGGCCAAAUUUGAUGAGGUAGAUUAUGUGGAAAGCGAAGGUCGGGGCUACUGGGUAUCGAAGGCUUGGUUGAAAGAUUGGAAGUUGGCCAAGCCAAAGAUGCAUACACCGUCGCAGCCCGACCCUGCACCAGACGAUCCAUACUACAUGGAUGACGUGAUGUGUGAACACGGGGGUCUUGUCACCAACUCGUCAUCACGGCGUCGCAUUUCUGCAGAGGCCUAUCAGGUCUUGAAAGGCGUUUUUCCCGACCUGACCGCUCCACAUGCUACUCAUGAGGCGUGCGCUGUAUGUGAGGCUCUCGUCCAAAUCUCCAAGGAAGACAGACGGGAGAUUCGUAAACAGGCUGAAGUUGAGAAGGCGAAGCUGAAGAUUCUUUAUGACUAUGGCGCAUAUGGCCUUACAGAUAUGCCGGAAGGUCCAUGUGCUGUUGUACCAGAAAUCUUCAUGCGAUGUUGGAGGCAGUGGUUGUUACGUCCCACAGAAGCACCUCGACCUGAGUUGCUGGACAACUCUCGCUUCCUAUGCCGACACGGUAAACUGUCGUUCGAUCCCAACAUUGAAGGCGACAUAGACGGCAUAGCCUAUGUAAAGCUCAAUGAUUGGAACAUACUGGAAGAAAUGUAUUCGGGUGGUCCACUGAUCGCGUUAGAAAACAUUGGGGAUAGAUGGGUCCAUGAGCUGUUGAUUUGCGAUGACUGUCGCAAAGAAAGGAAGUCAACUUUCGAGACAACGGAGGUUACAAUACACGUACUCAAGCUGACAGAUUCCAUACCAACGGGCGAAGCGCGCCCAAGGGAACCUCAAGCUACGGCUGAACCCUCCACAACUAAGCCACUGCCUCGAACAUAUGGCUCUCGUAGUAUCGGCGGUGUAAGACAAUCCAAACGAAUACGGCAGGCCAAGAAGCAGGAGCGGCAGAGCAGGGUGACCAUUUCUCGUUCGACGACUGUCAAGGAAUUAAAGAUGAAGAUUCAAGAUGAACUCGAUAUUCCGACCAUAUACCAACGAUUGUAUUACCGAGGGAAGGAAGUGGACGAUAAUUCUGCGGAGAUUGUUGCACUGGGAGUGCUUUCGAAUGACGUCCUUUAUUUGAAGGAGGACUCAGAAGACGUCGACAUGCUGGACACUGACGAUGACAACGUCGGCCGCAAGCCAAGAGAUGAUGAAGGUCGAGGCUUUGGUGGUACUCUGCUGGGUGGUGAGCCGCACAAAGAGCCGGAACCUAAACCAGAGGCCAUUGCCAAACGUUGCUCGGCCUGUACCUUCGAUAACUCACUGAACGCCACUGCUUGUGAGAUAUGUAGUACGCCACUUGAACGUGAUUGAUGUUUGACUUGGGGUUUGACUUCAGUAUUCUGCUAUUUCGUACAAUGACAAACGAGCGAAAGCGUUAAAUAUGAUCUAUACACAACACAUAACGAAGGUGAACGCUGUAGCAACAUUC